AAAAGUUUAAGUUCUUUUGUGACUCUUUUUUUCUGAACAGUGUAUUUAUUAAAUUUUUAAUGUUUUAAUGAGAAUUCCUUUCCUCCACUAUAUUAUAAAUCAAAAACAAUUAUGUGGGUAUUUGGGUACGGGUCUUUAAUUUGGAAGGUCGAUUUCGCUUAUGAAAGAAAAGUUGUAGGUUACAUCAAAGGUUAUCUCAGAAGAUUUUAUCAACACAGCGUUGAUCACAGAGGAAUUCCUGAAAAACCAGGCAGAGUUGUGACUCUUAUACCAAGUAUAGAUCCAAACAGCAAAGUAUGGGGAGUGGCGUACAAAAUAAGGGAUCAGGACAUUGAGCAAGUAACAAAGCAUUUGGACUUCCGAGAGAAGAAUGGGUAUUCAAAGGAAACUGUGACAUUCCACCCUAGAGAUGAGAAUGAUGAGCCUUUUCAGUUAACUCUCUAUGUUGCUACUGAGGAAAAUGAAUCUUAUGCAGGUCCAGCAUCAAUUGAAAACAUAGCCAAACAGGUCAUAUCCAGCGUCGGUCCCAGUGGCACCAACAAGGAGUAUGUGUACAACUUAGCCGAAGCCAUGCGUGAGAUUGCUCCUCAAGUCGAUGAUGAUCAUUUGUACUCUUUAGAAGCUGCUGUAAAGAAAUUAGACCCAGAUUUGACAAAUUAACCACUACAGAGUGGUAAAAGUUAGUUAAUUGAUGACCAAGAAUAAUAUAAACUUAUAAUAUGAUUUCAUCUGCCCCGUCCAAUUCAUCGACUACUGCCACUCUGUCAAGAGUCUUUCGAUGAAGAAGAUCAUAAGAUUUUAUAAAACCGCAUUACUAAAAUAGUUGUGAUCUAGAUUUUGUCUUGCUAAACAAAGGGUUUUAUUAUAUUUUGGUUAUAAAUUCUUGGACAAAGUUUAGAUGAAUAUUAGCUUUAAAAAAAUUAUUUAUGUACCAUUUAGUAAAAUAUUAAUAACAUUGUUAUUUUCUUGCAUUAUAAAGUUAUUUAUUAUUGAAAAUCCAGCAUUACUGAACCUUAGUUACACAUAUGAUUACUUAAUUUACUAUUAUAGAAUCGCAUUUUGUCAUAAUAUGCUAUUAAUUUAUUAGUAUUUCCAGUAAAACAUAACAUAUCAUUUAAAAUAAUAUAUUUUCCUUGUUUUUCCCAAUGGAUAAAUUAACCAUUAGAAAUAUUCCUGAUAGCUCUGAAUAGCUCAUUAUGUGUUUUAAUUUAGAUAUAAACAUUUUCUUACUUUAAAUGUUUCCUUUUUGAGUGACUGACAGACCACUCACAACCUAAACCCACUGGGUCUAGAAAUGUGAAAUUUGGCAUGAAGGUUCAUCGUGAUGUAGGUGCUCCUAGAGAAAAUUUCCCGCGGGAAAAGGAACUAUCGGGAUUUUUAGUUUAACGCGGGCGGCGAGUAUUGAUAUGUAAUAACUUAGUAUGCCUUUACUUUAGACAAAUAGUUUAAAGCCGAAAUAGAAAGCCGUUUUUAAAAUAAUCUCGUGUUACUUUGAAUAUGUAUGUAUUUUUGGUUCAUUAUUUCACUCAAUAUUUCAAGUAGUAAGUUAAGGACUCUUUGAUUGUCAUUGAAGAAUUAUUUAUUAGGGCUGAUGUGUAGCUGUUUUGGCCUUCGGAGAAUUCGUAUCCUACUUUUUAAUCAGUAAUUAUUUAUUAUUUACGCUUUUAAGUGUAUGAUGAGAUUGGGCAGAAUAUAGUCCAUUUGUUAAGGUACUGAAAGUAUUUUGAUACGUGUUAUAAAAAAUAUACACUUAAAAUAGCAAAAGGAAUUCAUUAGUUAACCAUUCAUUACAUAACCUUAGGCCAUUUUCGAAAUCAAAAUUCGGAGCUAGUUUAUAGGACAUCUGUUGUUUCAUUUUGCUUUUUGUCUCAAUGCCUGUGAGAUUCAUUUAAAAAAAUAUUUUUCAACGAAAAGAUUAAAUUUAUUUUAGUAUUUAUCUAAAGAAAUCGACAUUAGAUAUACUUUGUUGUUUGGUUUAACUUUUUUUUGUCCGCCAAAUGCCCUAAGAGUCUAGAGGUGCAACAAUAUAAGUUAUCACAUAAUCAACUGUGAUAAACUGUAAUCUAAUGUAAUGUUUCUGUGUAAGUUAGUACAAUGAACAUAUGUGAAUUAUUCUUAGCUUUUGAUACUAAAGGAGGCUUGCACGUUUUUAUUAAAUAUCCUCCAUAUAGACACAAAUUUUAAUACCAGUUCGCUUAAUAAGAAGAAUUUGCUUAGAAAAUGCUAUAAUUGUGAAUAUAGUUUUCAAAAUUGCUAUUAGAAAGCGCAGAUCACGUCUCCUUCGAAUAGAACACAAGGUUUACGUACGUAAAACGACUGCCUAAAUCUUGUAUGAAAAAUUCAGUGUUACUUCCAAUGUUCAAGGUUACUUGAAGAAUGUGUGCAAUAGUAGAUAAUAAUAUUCUGAUUAUGUGUGUAUUGUUAUGUAAAUCUUAACUCAAAAUGUGAUAUUUACGCCUAGUGGGAAGCCUUUUGUGUUAACUUAUAUUUGUAACUGAUGCGUAGGUAAUAUUUAAGAUGUUCAUUUUAUUUAUUAUUCAAAUAAAGAAAAUUUUCAAAACGUUCUUUAAUAACAAAAUACUUUUAUUUCAAGGUCAAAACAUCACUUAACAAAACGAAAUAUUGGUAGAAAAAUAUGAAUACUAUUAUUCAAGUUAAAAUAACAUUAAAUUGAUAAAAAUAUUUUAAAAAGAAACUUUACAAAGAAAAAUAAAGCUAGUUGAGUUAUCGAAAGUAGUAAAAGUUUGAUUAUACUUAAUUAUGUAAAAAUUAUAACAUUUAUUUCAGAAAGAAUAUCUAUACAAACUUCAUUUAUAAAAACAUUCUGCAAUUGAAUAUCUUAAAACUAUUUUAUAAUGACAAUUCCAGCAUUAACAAAUAUAUCAUGUCAUUAUCCCUUACGGGGUAGACAGAGCCGACAGUCUUUAAAACCCUGAAAGGCUUAAUGGCAAUAAUAGUGUUAUUAUGUUAUGGUAUUCUUCAUUCGGGAUCAUUUAAUAUUUAACAAAAAGUUCUUUCGAUGUGAGGUGGCAGAUAGGAGUGUCACAUGGCACUUACGUUUAUCAGCAUUUCGAUAACCCAACCAAACCUAACUGUACGAAGAUAAAAAAUUGGAGGAAGUCUGGCCUUAAUUAUUUUUAUACAAAAUAAAUUAUCAAAUACUUUUACUCUUUGUAGGCUUAACACGCACUCUGAUUGAUA